CUCAUGGGGAAGCGGGGUGGGGCUGGCACGGAGUACAAAGACAAGGCUCCUGAACAAAAGAAAGAUGGCACAGUGGUGAAAUCCUAUCAGCGAAUGCCCACACAAAUCCUGAACGAGUGGUGCCAAGGCCAGAAACGACCCAAGCCGGAGUUCCGAGGAGUGCGGUCAUAUGACCGAAGCCUUUGCCGCUUUAAGGUUGUUUUGCCAGAUCCCAAGGACGUUGCCAAAAGCUUGGAAUUCGAAGCCAACAGAGAUGCAGAGACGCCUUUUGCAGCCAGAGAGGAGGCUGCCUUAGUGGCUCUCCUGAAGCUCUGCCCUGAUAUGCCAUUGGAGAGGAAGCUGCCCGAUGGGUAUCGGGAGACUUGGCUGGAGGCUAUCGGUGAAGCAGCUUCUGCGAAGGCAAAGGCAAAGCCGAAGACGAAGGCAGCGGCCAAAGGUUCCGCAAAGGAAAGUCCUCUCAGUGGCAGGGAAGCUGCAGAGCAGGAAAAACAAGCAGCUCUGGCGAGAAAGGCACAGGAGGAGCAGAUGCAACAGCUGACUGCAGAUGAACAGCGGAACAUUUGCUUCGAAUGGCAACGUACUGGUCGCUGUCGUCGCAAUGGUUGCAGGUUCGAUCACCCGCCACAUACUGAGCCGGUGAGUGAGCCUUUGGACCAUAGCGAGGUGGAGCCAAAGUACAAGACAGGAUCCAGUGCGCCACUGGGUGCUGUGCAUGGACACAUGUCCAAAGCUGACAUGGACCGCGAGAAGCGAGAAAGGAAGGAGGCAUGGGCCCAAGAGAAGAAUCGGCGAGAAGCUAUCCGAGACAUGAAGAAGCUAGCCAACAUGAAAGCACGGAUCAUAUUGGCGAGGCGAAUGCGUGACUUGAUCUUCAAAGCAUUGAACCUGGGCUCAGAAUAUGCAGCUCAAGCUGACGCUGACGAGGCCAUGGAGGAUCUCACAGACGCAGAGGCUGCUGCUCUUCAGCAGGUAAUGACGUGGGGCUUCACGGAAGAAGCAGCGCAGCGAGCGUUGCUUGCAGAAAGACGCAGCACGAGCACAGAAGACCUGGCUGAGCGCUUGCGGAUUUGGCUUUGCUUGCACCUUCCCGAGGAGGAAAUCCCCGAAGCUUUUGCUGCACACAAGGGCCAGUUCGAGGUCCACAAGCCGAAGCCGAAGCCAGCCGCCAGGGACCCUAAGGAAGUCUUCUUGGCAUGGCUCCGGGAGCAAAUGGACGCCCAUUUGGAGGAUUCGGAAGGUCUUUGGGCCUCUGUAGAGGUGUUGUUGCGUACAGAGGGCGAUGAAGAGGAUCGAAACGAGGCGCUUGAAGCAGCAAAAGCCAUGUUGGAUGCUGAUGGAUUUCCGGCAGACUUAUUGGAGGAGUUGCGAAGUCGCUGGGACAAUCUUUGGACAGAAGCAGUUGCCGAUGGAAGUGCCAGCGCGACUUCCGUUCCUGCAGUUUCCCAAAAAGACGACUCUGAAACAGUGGACGUUGGUGAUGACAACGGCGACGGCAACGACAUUGCAGACGAAACUCUAGGAAACAGCGAAGAGAUUGUGGCGGAAGUGCCGGCGGACAUUGCGCCGCAAAAAGAGGCCUCAUCGAGAUCAUUUGCGCCGCCAUCUUGGUUUGGAUGGAAAGCGGAUGGUGUGCCCAAGGGGAUUGAUGGCUGGCAGCAGAGUAGCCAAGGUCAGAGAAUGAAGAAAAGCAGAGAGGCAUUGCCAGCAUUCAAGGUGAAAGAUGAACUCGCCAAGCUGUUAGCUUCCAAUCAGGUCGUUCUGGUACAUGGCGAGACAGGCAGUGGCAAGACCACGCAGAUCGGACAAUUUAUUCUGGAUGGGCCUUCUGACCGUCCUCCACGAGUAGUCGUCACCCAACCGCGCCGCUUUGCUGCCUUAUCGGUGGCUCGGCGCGUAGCCGAAGAGCGCGGAGAGGACGUGGGCGCCAAGUCUGUCGGGUACAUGGUCCGAGGGGAAACCAAGAUGCACACGCAGUGGUGCCAACUUCUCUUCUGCACCUUGGGAGUUUUGCUCCGUCGAGUCAUCUCGCAGGGUGACCAGCAGAUGUUCACCUCACAAGAUAUGACGCAUUUGGUUCUGGAUGAGGUCCAUGAAAGAAGCAUGGACAUGGACUUCGUUCUGACACUGCUGCGGCAUGCUUUGCCUUCCCGACCGGAACUGAAGG